GUUUUGCUUUCCAGUACAGAAAACUGAGCAAGCUUAAUUUUACAUCGGACAGGAAUUCCUGUUGCACAGGAAGCACGUAACAUAAACUCGGUUUGUGGUGUUCAUGUGAUUCGGAGGUGUCGGUACUAUUUACAUUAAGAAGGUUCAUCAUUUUUGUUAUUUGAUAGCAGAAAACACAUUUCUUGUAUGGCAUGUCAUGAAAGAAUGGAAGAUGAUUCUGGCAAAUAUGAGAGGAUUGUUCAUAAAAAUGGAUCCAGUUACCACUAUUUGAAAAUAUCUCUAGAAUUUGAAGAUGACACCACCAUUAGGCUUAAUUCUGCUCAGUUCAAACAGUUAAUUAUUUCAUCCCUGAAACAGCUUUUUGGUGAGAUUGGAGCAGCUUUACCUUUUGAUGUAUUGCAGUUUGAGGAAAAUACUUUGUCAGCUAUUCUUCGAGUGUACAGCAGGGAUCUUGUUAAAGUGUGGAGUGCCCUUACACUUUUGGGGUCCUACCAGAGUGAAAUGUGUGCAUUCCGAGUGCAACAGGUUUCACCAUUUCUACUAGCAUUGUGUGGCAACAGCAGAACACUGAAACUCGAAUAAGCACAAAUGAUGUUUACAAGUAACAUGCAGUUUUGUAGU